UAUCCAGUCACAUCAACUGCUCAGCAGAGCCCCACUGAUUAUGGGUUUUCCACUGCACUUGGGAACAUUGGUCUUGAUGCUCAUCUUCUACAGACAAGUGCAACCAAUGGACAUCUAUGGGGGCAAGGAGGCCGUGCCCCACAGCAGGCCCUACAUGGUGUUAGUGAACAGGACUUCUGGAGCCAAAAUGUGUGAUGGCUUUUUGGUGAGAGAGGACUUCGUGAUGACUGCAGCCCACUGCAAUGACAAAAAUAUUAAGGUCGCACUUGGAGUCCACAAUGUUUUCAACAAAACUGGCGAGGAAAUUCUUGUGAAAAAAACAUUUCCACAUCCAAAUUUCAACACCACAACCAUGGAUAAUGAUAUCAUGCUACUAAAGCUGGAGAAGAAAGCAUCUCUGAACAGCAUGGUGAGACUCAUUGACCUCCCGCAAACGAAUGAUGAGAAGGUGCCCAAGAACUGUCUGGUAUCAGGUUGGGGCAUGUACAAGGAUAAUGAUACUGGCUCCCCCAUGCUGCGGGAGGUCAACAUUACAACUAAAGACGAUAAAUUGUGUUCUGAUCACCAUGUGAUCUGCUCAUCGGGAUCAAAGGGACCUGCGCAGGGAGACUCCGGUGGUCCGUUGGUCUGUAACGAUGUGGCCUAUGGGGUGGUGUCCUACCGAGUACAUCACAACAAUGACAACACCUACAUCUACGUGUGCAUCCCUCAUUUCCUAGACUGGAUCACUGACACCAUGAAGGCUUGAUGGGGCACAGACCGGAAAAAUCUACACCUUCUUUAUUUGACCAACCAUGUGCUUAGCAGAAAGAUGAGGACACUGUCAAGAAUGUCACCUGUUUAUGAUGCAUUCCAAUGGAUUAACUCAGUGCUAAUGUAUUACUUAUUGAAUAUUACUAAGUGGUCACCAAUGGCUUGAGGUAUUGUCCUGCGCAGUAGCUGUUUUAAUAAAUCAUAUGGUGAUUUUAAUAAAUUAAUGGUGUUAUUAAACACA